CGGCAACCGAUUUAAAUGCCCGCAAAAGCAUGCGAUGAACACAUGACUCGUGUUUACGACUGUUGGUCUGUUUGUGUGAUUAGUUUUGCACUGAAUUUAGUAAUUAUGCCGAAAGUGAGACCACAGAAGAAGUCGAGACAACACAAUGAGAUCCAGAAACAGGGCAUUGGUUUCGACAAGAGUUUGGGUCAACACAUCCUUAAGAACCCUCUGGUGAUCACUAAUAUGAUUGAAAAGGCCAGCUUAAGACCGACGGACACAGUGCUGGAAGUGGGUCCGGGAACCGGUAACAUGACUGUCAAACUGCUGGACAAAUGCAAACAAGUGGUUGUCUGCGAAGUGGACACAAGACUUGUGGCCGAACUCCAGAAGAGAGUGCAGUCGACGUCACUGCAGACCAAACUGAAGAUAAUAGUGGGCGACGUCUUGAAGAAAGAGUUGCCAUUCUUCGACGUCUGCGUGGCUAACCUUCCGUAUCAGAUAUCGUCGCCAUUUGUGUUCAAACUGCUACUCCACAGACCAUUCUUCAGGAGCGCUGUAUUGAUGUUUCAGAAGGAGUUCGCGCAGCGAUUGGUCGCCAAACCGGGAGAUAAGAUGUAUUGCAGACUAUCGGUCAACACUCAGCUGUUGUCUCGCGUGGAUGUGUUGAUGAAAGUGGCGAAAAACAACUUCCGUCCGCCGCCUAAAGUGGAGUCCAGUGUCAUCCGUUUGGAACCGAUUAAUCCGCCGCCGAAUAUCAACUUCAAAGAGUGGGACGGAUUGCUGAGGAUCUGCUUUAUGCGCAAAAAUAAGACACUUUCCGCUCAAUUCAAACACAAUUACGUGAUUGAGAUGUUGUCCCAUAACUACCGCAUCCACUGUUCACUCAAUAACAUUGCAAUCGAAGACAACUUCGAUAUCAAAGACAUGAUCCAACAGAUCCUCAAAGACAGUGAUUUCGACAGUAAAAGGGCGCGAACUAUGGAUAUCGACCACUUCCUCGCACUUCUUCACGCCUUCAACACUAAUGGCAUUCAUUUCACAUAAUUUUAAAUCAUUUAUUAUAAGACUAUAAAAAUUGUAAUUAAUUUAAUACAACAAUAAAACAAUCGAUGCG